AUGUGGAAUACGCAGCUGCCGCCGUCGCCUUCACCCUCGGGAAACAAGCGAUGGAGGGCAAGGAUGACGGUUUUUGUGUCUGGCGUUUGGAGGCUGUCCUUCAAGGAGAUGGCUGUGACCUUCACCAAGGAGGAGCUGGGAGUGCUAGACUUGGCCCAGAGGAAGCUGUACCAUGACAUGAUGCUGGAGAACUUCUGGAACCUGGUCUCCAUGGGAUAUCAACCCUUCACAUUAGAUAUAAUACUCCAGUUGGGGAGAGAAGAGCAGCUUUGGGUGAUGGAGCCAGAAACCUGAGACGAGUGUUCAGGACACAGGAAUAAAAAUGAAAUAGAGACUCUUCAAGAAGUAGGACUAAGACACAUUUUGCACGAAGGCCUUAUGUGCAGGCAGAUAUGGGAACAAUUUACAAAUAUUAACCAGGACUCAAUAAUAGGUCUGCAAAGCAACAAGUCCAAAUUACUGAAACAAGUUGAUUCCUCCUGUCGGGUGUGGGCAGCAGAAUCUGCUGAGGUUGCUGAAGAUGAGAACUGUGUGGGAAAGCUUCAAGGGAAGAGUUCCAAUAGUGUCAACAAUCAAGAACCACAAAUUCAGACCUCCUGAGAUUUCUGGAGGAAAAUGAAUCUGAGAGAUCAGAAUUAUCAGAGUAUGUAUCAGCAAAUUGACGUAAAAAAUAAACUGUGGCUGUGUGAUCAUUGCAUCAUGAGAAUGAUCUCUCAUCACCAUGGUGAUCAGGAAAUACACAAAAGCAAGAUGGCAUCUGGCCACAAUAAUUGUGGAAAAGACUUUGUGAGGAACACAUCCCAGCAUAGCAUCAUCCACUCAGAAGGUCAGACCUCUGAUGAGAAUGGAAAAGGCAUCAACCUUGGCUGUGAUCUUGAACUUCAGCAGCAGCUGCAAGUAGGAGAGGAGCCCCGUAUGUGUAGUGAGUGUGAGAAGGGCUUGAGUCAGAGCUCACAUAUGCAAACCCACCAGAGAGCCAACCCAGGGGAGAAACCCUACAGAUGUCAGGUGUGUGCUGAGUGCUUCAAUCAGAGCUCCUCCCUUCCUGAUGAGCCCAUCCACCCCAGGGUGGAUCUGUAUAGAUGUAGCCAGUAUAGGAAGGGCUUCAGUCAUGUCUUAGACCUCAACAGUUGCUGUGUGGACAACACUGAAGAGAAAUCUUGGAAAUGUGAGCUGUGUGGUAGCUUCAAUAAGAUAUCACAACUUCAAACCCAUCAAACAGCCUACCCCAAAACAUCCAAAUGGAACACACGUGACAGGAUGUUCAGCCAGAGCUGUGGUCCCCUUCAAAAAGUUCACACUAGAGAGAAACCAUAUAAAUGUGAAGUAUAUGAAGCCUCAAACCUUUAAGCCCACAGAAUCUACACCGGGGAGAAACCCUACAAAUGUCAUGUGUGUGAUAAGAACUUCAGCUGGAAUUUCCACCUUCAGACCCAUCAGAGAGUCCACACAGGAGAGAAACCCUACAAAUGUGAUAUGUGUGGCAAGGACUUCAGUCAGAUUUCCCAUCUUCAGGCCCAUCAGAAAGUCCAUUUAAGGGAGAAACCCUAUAGGUGUGAUACAUGUGGGAAAGGCUUCAGUCAGAGCUCACAUAUUCAAGGCCACCAGUGGAUCAACACCUGAGAGAAACUCUACAUGUGUGAUGUGUGUGGGAAGAGUUUCAGUUGGAGCUCACAUCUUCAAGCCCAUCAGAGAGUCCAUACAGGGGAGAAACCCUAGAAAUGUGAAGAAUGUGGGAAAGGCUUCAUCUCGAACUGAUACCUUCACAUUCAUCUGAGUAUCCACACAGGAGAGAGACACUAUAAGUGCAGCAUGUGUGGGAAGAGCUUCAGUCACACCUCCCAUCUUCAUUGGAGGGUCCAUACAGGAGAGAAACCCUACAAAUGUUUUGACUGUGGUAAGGGCCUUAGCAAGAUUUCUUGUCUUCAGGUUCAUCAGAGUCCAUAGUAGUGAUCAGUCCAGUACACACGAUAAGUGUGAUAAAAAUUUCUUCAGAACCUAGAUGUGACAUUUUUAUCAGAAAACCCACACAGUAGGGGCUAUUUAUAAAAUGUUGUAUUUUAAGAAUUCAAGAGGGAGCUAUAUUUUUUAUAGUCAUCUGAAUUCCAAUGAGGAGACCUACUUGUAUGAGUAUGACUGGUGUGUCCAACAGGGACCAAAAUAUCACAAUUUUCAAGAAAAUAUACAUCAGCAAAACCCUAUAAGGAUGGUGCAGUAGGUUUCAAUCAGAAUUUUCACAUUCAAUAGAAUCUACACAGGGGAGGCUUUAGAAUUAGAAGUACUCUCAGGACUUUAGCAAAAGUAUAAUGAUGGACACAACAAAAUCCAUGUCCACUAGAAUGUAGGUUCCAUAGGGGCAGGAAAUCUGUUUGCUGCUAUACAGCCAUGACCUGGCACCAGUGCCAAACAUAGCAGGUGCCCUGGAAUUUGUAUCACUUGAAGGAUAGGAAAACCUACUAUUAGUAGGACAAAUAUUUGAAAAUUUUAGUGCACUCAAUCCCAGUUAAUCACAAUAAAUUGUACUAGGAAAAGGAUUCUUAGAGGAGGCCUUAAAGAUUAAUUCAAAGAAAUGAUCAUUUAAUAAAGAUAUGUAAAAUCAUGCAAUCUGCAAUCUGAAUGUUAGAUUUUCUCCAUUGCAUUCUGUCCUGCUUAGCUUCACUUUACAGGCAGAAAAGGACCCAAGUUUUCAUCUUACCAGUUAAGAGUUUCUCUGGACAGUGUACCCUCAGUCAUAUGUAGUGUAAGUCUCAUUAUUUUUCUUUUAUUGGGUCCUUGGUGACCAGACUUAAUGAAACAGAGAAAGUUGGUUUUCUUUCCAUAAAAUUUUGUGGCAAAGAGUGUACAAAAGGGGGAAACAUAUUAAAACAUGCAUUCUAGAUGCUGCACUAAGCUAUUAAGGCACAGAGUGUUUUGAACACCACUCUGUACUUCUCAGAUGCUUUCAAGUUUGCUUGGUUGAAUGGUUUGCUUGGGUAUGCAUUUACUGGAGGCUUUCCACUAUUGUUUUAUUGAAGUAUAGUUAAUUUACAAUGUUGUCUUACUCUCAAGUGGUCAGCAAAGUGAUUCAUGUAUGUAUUGGUAUAUUCUUUUUCAGAUUCUUUCCCCCUAUAGGUUAUUACAAGAUAUUGAGUAGAGUUCCCUGUGCUAUACAGUAGAACCUUGUUCUCACAGUUUCUUCUGGGCCUUACCUUCCAGGACACUGGAUACUUUAAUUCUAUUCUAUCUCAAGUUUCAUGUUCCUGAAGAAUCCAGGGCCAACACCAGACCCUGAGGCAGGCUGCUGAGAGCUCCUGGUAGUUUAUAGGCAUUAGGAUGUUCUCAAUUGCAAGAAACAGGAAACUCAACUCGAACUA